CCUGACAGCGUCCAUGACCUCCUCGAAGUGACUGGACACCUGUACGGCCGCUCCAGGUUGGAUUCUAUGACGACGAGAGGAGCGGUAUGUCUGCUCCUGACGAUCUUGACGCUAGGAGGUUCGCGGGGUAGCACAAGGUACUUCGUGAAAAUGCGAACGAACGCAUCCGAGAUGUUUAAAACGAAGGCGGACAACUUGAGGAUUCUCCAGGAUCCGAUAGCGAUCACACCGAACCCUUUGUACGAUAACGCGGGGAACGAGCAUCAAGCCGACGACGGGAGGAUGACCAAAGAGAUAUCGAGCGAUCAGUACAAUCGGAGAAAUUCCUUUGUCGAGUCUUCGACCUUCAAUCCAGAUGUGCUCAACAAGUUCCUCGAGGAUUACGCGAGCAAAAUUAAGAGCACCACCGAGAGGAAUUUCAAGUAUCCCUUCAGAAUUGUGAAACCACCCGCGGAGCCUCUCGUUCUUGAAAUCGACAGUGACACCACCGAAACCACGACCAUCCACGAACAGGGCGAAAGAUUUGAUCAGAUCUCAAAUGCUACUUCAACGGAGGAUGAAUUAAGCGAAGCGUUAAACGAUACCUUGAAGAGAAACAAAUACUACGGUACAAACACUUACGAAGACAGAAACGGCUGGGUGACGCUGGAAGCAAUUCCGUGGUCUAAGAGCAAAAUUUCUAAGUGGCAGGCCAAUCCCAGCACGCAACGACCUUGGCCAGAGAUAAAGCCAUGGGAUAAACCGAGCGUGAAACCAUGGGCCAGCGAUUUUACCAUCAGACCCACUUAUGAAAACAACAAGCCGUGGUACGACAAGCCAAAACCCAACUGGCCCGAGAGUAACGAGAAACCGUGGCAGAAGCCGAUUUCACGUCCCCCUUACCGCCCUGAUGACGCGUCUAAUCAGGCGCAGAAGUGGCCGCCGGAGAGACCGUCCUGGAACAAGUAUGACCCUCAUCGUCCCAGCAGCGAUAUCAUCACGGACGACAGACCGGCCAACUUCCCCAGUACUUGGUCCAGUAGGCCGCAGACCGCCUCGUAUCAAUUUAUUGAUAGAUAUUCGGAGAAGGACCAGGCGGGGGACGGGAGUAAUUGGCAUGAUUACCCGUCCAGAUACGAGGACCGUCCUCGGCCAACUCUGAUCACCGAGAGACCGAAUUUCUCGCAUUAUCAGUACGUGAACAAUCAUCCACCGAGUCAUCCGUCGAGCGGCGACGGCCAGUGGAUUCUCUUGUCGACGAACCGAGGAUAUUCCAAGUCGAGGCAGAGAUCGAUCAAGUUCGACUCGAUAAACUCAGCGGAGCCAUUCAAGAGUAUCAAUACGACGGUUCGCGGAAACGAGGAUAGACGAGCUGAAGAAGCUCCGGUAGCGGUGAUGACAUCGAAACGCCAGGUCAGAUUGACGGUGUUGCCAUCGAUCAACGGCACGAACACGACGACGUCCCACGGAGGCCUUCUGGAAGUCGAGAAGACGUUCAAGAGCGUCGAGCAGAGCCGCAAGGAGUACGAGAUGGAGAAGCUGACGACCAUACCGAACAUCCUGAAGAAAAGACCGAUCAGGCACACAACCCUGAGCGCGCAACCGUCCAGUUCAGCCGUUCUAGCAGCCGUCGGAGCAGGUAUGCUGCCGGCGACGAUGGCGAUGAUGAUACCGAUGAUGCUGGGUCGUCGAAAGAGAGAUCUGAGACUGAUGAACAACGAUCUCGAAGUGGACCUGCAUAAGUUCGCGAGGGAGUAUAACGUUCAACUAAGGAGACCAGUAGGACUGUAGGAAUUAAGAUAGCAGAAUUCGUUCCAAGAAACUCAUUAGGAUGGCGAACGAUAGGGAACGCGCGCGCACAACACGUGCGAAUUAAAUGUUGAGAUGCAGGACAUAACACCGAGGGCCCGGAAACGGAAAUGAUUCAGCCGGAAAUUGGCUUCGCGCCGAAUAUCCGUCUGGUCCGUAUCAAUAAUUAAAUUGAGCGUACAAAAUGAUAUAUGCAUGACAUGACAGUAUUAUUGGAAUAUUUAUUAACGUUAUCGUAUUU